AUGAUGAGAUCUUCCAAUCUCAACUUGCUCUGCAUCUGCUCAUGCACUCUUGUUGCUAUUGCUAUGGCCCAAGAUUAUAGCUUUUUGACGGAAAGAGAUUUUGCCAAUGCCGCUAUGAUUCCUAAAGAAAGAAGAAUUCGAUCUACCCCUUUACACAACGAUCAACGUUUCGGUCAAAGAAGAUUCCGUCGUGGCGGUGUGGGGGUUCAAGACUCAAAAGAUAAAUGGCCAAAUGGUCGUGUACCUUAUAUUCUCUCCUCUGCUUAUACUGAGCAACAGAGAGCUGUUAUAGCUAAAGCCAUUAAUGGGUAUAAUCAGAAAACUUGUAUUAGAUUUGUACCUAAGGUUCCUACUGAUAAAGACUAUGUUGUAAUCUCUAAGCUUGAUGGCUGCUACGCUGAUUUUGCUAAAGUAGGAGGACGUCAACAAGUGUCCUUAGCUGACGAAUGUAUAGAUUACGCUACAAUCAUCCACGAGCUUAUGCACGUAAUAGGAUUUAUUCAUGAACAUCAAAGAGAUGACCGCGACGGCUAUGUGAGCAUCGUAUGGCAGAAUGUUAUACAAGGUGCCGAUACGGAUUUCGCCAAGCUUUCCAACUUUGGUCUAUCUUACUAUGGAGAAGGCUAUGAUUAUCUGUCCAUAAUGCAUUAUGAGAGUAAUGAAGGAAGUAAGAACGGCAAAAACACAAUCGAAGCCAAGGAUAAACGAUAUACUCCAGUCAUGGGACGAAGUGUUGACUUUUCCGACAGUGACUUGCGAAGAGUUAAUAAGGCUUACGUCUGUUGGAAUUACAUUGGCAAGAAUUCGGGUUAA